GCACAGCCUGCGGCGCGGCGGAGGCGGACCGCAGUCACGUCUGCAGAGUGGUGGGUCUGUAGCCAGCAAAUUACUUUAUCAUCUGGAUUAUCCAUUCAAUUGAUCCUAAUUAGCAAGGAUAACAAGAAUCUUCCGCACUUCAGUCCCCUGCAGGGUGACCAUGUCGAGACCUCGGAAGAGGCUGGCUGGGACUUCUGGUUCAGACAAGGGACUAUCAGGAAAACGCACCAAAACUGAGAACUCAGGUGAGGCAUUAGCUAAAGUGGAGGACUCCAACCCUCAGAAGACUUCAGCCACUAAAACCUGUUCAAAGAAUCUAAGCAGCCACUGGCUGAUGAAGUCAGAGCCAGAGAGCCGGCUGGAGAAAGGUGUAGAUGUGAAGUUCAGCAUUGAGGAUCUCAAAGCACAGCCCAGACAGACAACAUGCUGGGAUGGUGUUCGGAACUACCAGGCUCGGAACUUCCUUAGAGCCAUGAAGCUGGGAGAAGAAGCCUUCUUCUACCAUAGCAACUGCAAAGAGCCAGGCAUCGCAGGAAUCAUGAAGAUCGUGAAAGAGGCUUACCCAGACCACACACAGUUUGAGAAAAACAAUCCCCAUUAUGACCCAUCUAGCAAAGAGGACAACCCUAAGUGGUCCAUGGUGGAUGUACAGUUUGUUCGCAUGAUGAAGCGUUUCAUUCCCCUGGCCGAGCUCAAAUCCUAUCAUCAAGCUCACAAAGCUACUGGUGGCCCCUUAAAAAAUAUGGUUCUCUUCACUCGCCAGAGAUUAUCAGUCCAGCCCCUGACCCAAGGUAAGAGUGGGCCCUGCCCUUUAUUAAAGCCCAUAUACCAGAAUGACCUCAUGAAUUCCCACUUACUAGCUGAUUAAACUUGGGCAUGGUAGUUCACCUUUCUCCGUCAGCAUCCUCACCUGUAACAUCCAUGAGGGAGGGAAUGUGGCCUGAGUUACCUGUUUCUAUUACCCAGUACUCUACAGUGCUUGGCACCUGGUAAAUAGUUUUGAACAAAUGACUGCUCGCCUUAGUACCAUGUAAAAUGUACCUGUGCCUGGCACAACUUUCCUGUUCAAGAGGAGACAUUAAGACCUAAUU